CGCGCGCCCACUCGAACCUGUGGGCUGUGAUGGAGGAGGACGAAGGGGCCGAGGAGCAGCAGCGCUUCUCUUACCAACAGCGGCUGCGGGCUGCGGUGCACUACACCGUGGGCUGUCUCUGCGAGCGAGUCGCGGCCGACCGGCAGGUGCAGUUCAGCAAACAGACCGUCGCGGCCAUUUCGGAGGUGACUUUCCGACAGUGCGAAAACUUUGCCAAAGACCUUGAAAUGUUUGCAAGACACGCGAGAAGAAGCACAAUUAACACCGAGGACGUGAAGCUCUUAGCCAGGAGGAGCAGUUCGCUGCUAAAAUACAUCACAGAGAAAAAUGAAGAGCUCACUCAGCUUAAUGUAGAAAGAAAAGCAAAGAAGAAAAAGUUAGAGGAAGAAAACAGAAACUCCGCGGGGCCAGCAGAGGCUGCGGGGGUGGACAGUGAGCACUAACGGCGCGGCUUUGGGAAAGGCGAGCUUUGCUGGCUGGACCCUGCAAUGCGCCUGCCUCCGUGGGUCUGAAGAGACAAGCGGAGAUGUCAGCGAAGCCAGGUGCUUUCCAGGCCGUGUUCUCGGGGCCGUCGGCUGCCGAAGCCCGCCUGAGAGAACUGGACAAAUACCCCUUGCCGGCGGGAAGCCUGUCCGGACAGGGAGCGGCGCCUGCACUCAGCAGAUCAUCGCAGCAGUUCCAUCUGGCGGCUCGGAAAAACCUUAUUUACUCUUUCAUAUAAUCAUCUAGCUGUUUCCUUUUGGUGGUCUUUGCCUUUAUUUUUGCCACAUUUCUGUAGAAA